AUGGUAAAUGCAAAUGAGUUAUUAUUUUUAUGUCAUUUUGGAAAGAGAGCUAGUAUUGAAAGUAUUGAGCAAAACAAGGACUAUGAACGAAUGUUAACAACUAAAGACGAUAGUAGAUUAAAAUUAACUACUUCGAUCCUAGCUAAAGACGAUAGUAGAUUAAAAUUAGAGACUAAGCAAAUCAAAGAGAAGAUCUUAGAUUAUCAGUUAAAUUUUACUAAACGUGAUUUGGAUGGGACAAUCAAUUGUG